AUGGUCGCGAAUGACGCUCAAGCAUCAGUUCGCGAGAUCGCGCCAUAUGAACAUGCUGCUCCGUACCAAGGUGACAACGGAGCAAAUGAAAAACAACCAGGUUUCUCGUCCGUAGUGCGCAACGGCCCGAUAGAGCUGAAAGGAUAUUCGUACAUCUUCUCACCCAUUACUACGGUGAAAUGGGGAUUUCCGAACUUCUAUCGCAAGCCAGGACUUGGGUAUCAGAAGCUUGGUCAACACCGUCACCGCGACUGCUUUGAUCGCGAAUGGACGGGCGACUAUGAUGAUCGAUACAUCUCAUCCUGGGAUGGCCAGGUUUCUAAGCUCGUUAUCUCUAGUCCAAGCCCUGCUGAGAUACCUUCACGAAAUGGGGGCAACUACGAUCCCGUGCCGUAUCAGUACUUUGGGUACCCAAAAGUUGCCAAAAACGCGAUCGAAAUGCAUAAACCCAAAGGUCUCGCGUCGAGUGAGGCCAACCCUAUCUCUGAGCGUGUCUUACGUCCCAGAUAUCUCUGCUUUUUGCGCGAGCAAGGUAAGCCGGCGAUGAUCAUCAAGGUCGAAGAUUGGCUGGCACAACAAAACGGUCACAGUCUAUCAUAUGUCUUUAUCGCAUACACCGCCGAGCAGUUCAACACGCCCGAUGAUUUUAGGGUCUUACAUGAGAUUGCCGACGCCGCGGCGCGCAACGCGGGUGUCAUUGCAUACUGGGUCGGAUGUUCUUGUAUGCCUGACAACCAACUCGAGGAGGACGUGUACCGUAUAUGCGAUGUCAUUCGAGGCGCGCAGUCCCUCGUGAUCGCAAUCGCAGCUCCGGCAAACAACAGGUACGAGAUCAACACACCUGAUCUUAUGCUCCAACAAUGGGGUAGCCGGGUGUGGACUUUUCCGGAAGUUCUCCUAGCUCCUGCUGGUGAGAUGAUCAAAGUCUACGUGCGUGACAGCGAUCUAUCGCAGCCACUUCUGGUCGCAAAGAACCAGUUCGCUGCUCAAGUCUGGCACGACGACGCUCAUGUCGCCCGACAGCUUAUCGACCACUACGAAGGAAAUCUGAUCUUGAGCCAGCUUGAGCUCGUCACGCUUGCUCUCGAGUGCCUGCACAAACGCCAGACUGGAGAGUAUCUUCCUGGCGAUCAUAGCUACGCUUUGAUGGGCUUGCUUCGUGUCAGGCCACAGAUCGAUCGUACGGACUCUGCGUUUCAAGCAUUCGCGCGUCUCUCCCUCGCGAACGGUAGCGAUCAGCUACUGGAGCGUCUAAUAUGCAUGCUGCCGAAGACGCCGGACCAACCGUGGCAUUCGAUGGACGAUGCCUACAAUGCCAAGCUCUGGGACAUAUUGCCUCAAGAUGUCGGUAUUGCUGGUGUUGGUGAAGACGAUAGCAUCAUCCUUGACGGUUGCCGUGCCGCAAAUGUACGGUGGAAGUCGUUCACACCAGUCGCUCACACUCGGCGCGACUCGUGGAAACGUAUGAUCGCGAAGUUAAUGCUGCGUCUCAGCGGUGUCGUGUUCAUCGUUGCUAUUGCACUCCUCUCUAUCCCUUUCGCUACCUCGAUAUUGCGCGCCAUCGGCGCCUUUUUGCUCAUCUAUUCACUACUAAUGAUGGGCUUAUCGCCAUGGUUGCUUCGCUUGCUCUAUCUUGGCAAGUUUUGGGAGCAACAAUGCUGGUUUUUUGGCUUUGAGGGCUACAUGGACCUGGAAACAAUUGAGACCCAGAUCUUUGGUGGUAGACUAGGGCGCAUGAAAUGGACGGCAGCGGCAAGUCCACUUUCCAGGCACGAGCGCAAUGUUCAUGGCGAAUGUGUUCCUAUCGAUCCAACAACCGAUCCUGCCGUUGCAGCUCUUGUACAACGAGCGAAAUCAGCUGGGCCUGGAGAGCAGCGCGUCUUCACGCUCGUAGAUACCGGCAACAUGACUGCGACUCUCUUCCUUGCCGAACGCCCACCCGUGUGUUUCCUCAUGGCCGGCUCUGAGGGCGGUAUGAAGCGCAUCAUUGGUUGCUCCUACGACUGGACUACAGCAACGAUGUACCGAGAAACCGUGCUGCGAAUAGGUACACAGUUCGAGGACAAGAUGUCGCGUGUUGGACGUGUCAAGAUUGGCUUCAAGCGCAAGCAGCAUCCCUUCGGCCCGUUGUCCCAGGUUGGUGAGGCAGAAGGUAAGCAGUUGUAG